AUGCAAUUACAAAAGUCCGAGUAUCUGAGCGACAUCUGGAAGGAUGGCAUCUUUGCCAACAAGGUCAUAUUCUGCACUGGUGGGGCUGGCACCAUUUGCAGCGCCCAGGUUCGUGCGAUGGUUUACCUCGGGGCCAAUGCAUGUAUCAUCGGUCGCAAUAUAGAAAAAACCGAAAGCGCCGCCAAGGAAUUUGCGACCAUUCGUCCAGAUGCCAGCGUGAUUGGCAUCGGUGCUGUGGAUGUUCGCGAUUUCGAGGCCCUGAAAGCAGCAGUAUACCGCUGUGUUAUGGAGCUUGGCAGCAUCGAUUUUGUCAUUCUCGGAGCAGCAGGUAACUUUGUCGCCUCCAUUGAGCAACUUUCCGUGAACGCCUUUAAGUCCGUCAUGGACAUCAAUGUCCUAGGGUCUUAUAACACCAUAAAGGCCACUCUUCCUUACCUGGUUGAGUCCGCUCAAAAGCACAUGCCAGGCCCGGAGACUCUUAGCGGUACUGGUGGCCGUAUCAUCUUCCUCGGUGCCACUCUUCACUACCGUGGUAUGCCACUUCAGUCACAUGCCUGCGCUGCUAAAGCUGCCCUCGAUUCCCUCUCCCACUGCGUCGCGAUCGAAUACGGUCCUCGAGGCGUAACCUCAAAUAUAAUUGCACCGGGCCCUGUUGCUGCAACUGAGGGCUUGAAACGUCUUCUUCCUUCGGAUGCCGAGGCAAAAUACACCAAGUCGCAGCCUCUUGGUCGCCUGGGACACGUUCGCGAUGUUGCAGAUGCAACAGUCUACCUUUUAUCUGAGGCUGGAAGCUAUGUCACUGGCCAGACUCUGGUCGUUGAUGGUGCCAACUGGCGCACAUCUGGUGGCAUGAGCACGUAUGGUAAUAUACCUUACCCAGAUAUCGUCCUAUCAGAUGGUGAAAAUGCCAAGAUUGCAGGGAGAAGAUCAAAGUAG